AGCCAUGGCAGCUUCCUCUGCAGUAGCAAAUGAACCAAGCCAGAGUCUGGUUCUUCUCUUGGGCUCCCUGAUUUCUGCCACCCAUUUUCCCCAAGUCCUUUGCCAGACUUCCCGGUAUUGGCAGGAGGCAUAUAGAGGACGGCCGUUGCUUGUGGUUGGACCUUUCUUCCCAGGCUUUAACGAAGAUUUUUCUGAAGGUUUCUAUGGGGAAGAAGUGAGUGUGGGAACUGAGGAGAGACCGAGUGCAGUGGAAAGAGCAGCAUGGUGCGGGAUUAUGUAGGAAGGGAGAGUGCAGAUUUGCUUUAAAUGCUUUCACGUUUCAGAAAAAUUAAGCUUUGAAGCCCCAUGUGACCGUUAGUGAGUAUUGUGCGGAUGAUUUCAAAUCCAUGUAUGUUUGGAAACCUUGCAAAUUAUGGGCAUAUGGAUGCACUAAUGUAUCCAUGUAUGUAUGCAUGUCUUCUAUCUGUAGAUCUCUCAGUGUUUUUCUUAAAAUGAUUCUCUAAAAUAUAAAAAGGUUUAUGCU